AUGAUGAAAAGUAAAAGUACAGGAUCGCUAGAUCCACAACAACAUCAGCAACAACAACAACGCACGUUGGAUUCGGUUUCGGUACAUGCCUGUACGUGGAAUGUAGCCUCGCAAGUUCCCAACAAAGCCUAUCUCCAAAAGUAUUUUCGGAGAGUAUUUAUGGGUAACGAGAAUGAUGAAAACAAUCAUGUGCCUGAUAUUAUCGUAUUGGGAUUUCAAGAAAUUGAAAUGAAUGCAAAAGCUCUCAUUACGGAACAAACGGAAGCGGCAACAGUUUGGCGAUCUGUACUCUCCGAAGUUUUUCCAGAGUAUGACUGUAUCGCGUGUCACCAAUUGGUAGGCUUGUGUAUUUUUGUGUGGGUACAAUUUAAGCUUGCAAGACAUUGCUCACCAUGCAUGGCGAGUGAAGUGAGAGAGGGAUUUUCAAAAACACUCGGAAAUAAGGGAUCCGUCUCUGUACGAUUUAAGCUAUUUGGAAAACAAUUUAAUUUCAUUAAUGUACACUUACCAGCUCACACUGAAAAACUUUUGGAAAGAAAUGAAGCUCUAAAUUCAAUUAUUAAUAAGGCAGUGAAUGAUCCAACGCUCAUUCACACAAGUUCAUUACAAUUUCAUCACAGUAACAGUAAUAGGGCUAGUAUUACGACCAAAGACGAUUUUGUUAUUAUUAUUGGGGAUUUUAAUUAUCGAAUUGACAGCCACUUUAAUUUUACCGAGGUUAUUACGAAAAUUUCACAACGAAGACUUUCCAUUCUGUACAAAUGUGACCAAUUACAAAAAGAAAAGCAGAUGGGUAGGAUAUUGAAAGGUUAUAACGAGGCAGGUCCACUUGAAUUUAUUCCAACCUACAAGUGCAAAAGUUAUGAACCACAUGAACAAGCACAAAUAGAUCUUGAUGACAUUUCCAACAUAUUCAGUACAAAAAAGGAUAGAAUUCCCUCAUGGUGUGACAGAAUCUUUUACAAGAGUAAUCCCAAUAUUGUGGUUCACGAGUACACUUCCCAUAUUCGUGUUUGUGCGAGCGAUCACAAGCCUGUCACGGCGAAAAUGACAUUGUGGCUAAAUGAAAACAUGUCGACCUCUAAUUCACAGCCAUCUCAGCAAGUAGAAAGUGUCGACGAUUUAUUGAGGUUUGACGAACCCUUAUCUACAAACCCUUCUCUAGAGUCCCUCUCUUCAACCUCAACGGCAGCUUUGACGAAUGAGUUGGUCACUACCAACCAUGCUUCUCGAAAACUUCCUCCCCUACCUAAACAUUUAUUGGAUGCCAAAAAGAAAGUGGAGGGAGUCUCUUUAAUAAUGUCUUCUCCCUCCAAUACAACAUUAUCUGCGUUCAUGGACGAUGUGAAUGGUCACAACACAAACCCAAUAAUUGUCGAAGAAAAGUCCCAACAAGAUGACGUUUGGGGUUUCUUUGGGAAUGAAAGUAAUCACAACCACAACUAUGAAAACAACAACUCUGGUACUUUGGUCACAAACACAAAUAGCAUGCAGUUGUUGAGUGUGGCGGCAACCACCACAACUAGCCAAGCUCCACAAUUUCACCAGCAACAUCCCUCUCCUCAACAACAACCACAACAACAACAAAAUUCCUUCGAUCCCUCUUCUCUACGCCAAACAUCUUUAUCAUCAACAAACCUCUCAAAGAGUCAAAGCAGUGAUGGAUUUGCAGCUCUUGCAUUGCGACACUCCUCCAAGAGUUCUUCUCUCAAUGUCACCUCAAGUGAUGCUGCAACGACCAGUACUACAAGCCAGUCGAGUAACAGCACCUCAAGCAUGACUAGAGUACCCGUGAAUCAUGCUGCUCGUUCCUCCCCUCCCACCAUGAGACCUCAAACCAUCGAUCGUUUAGAUCUUUAUGCUGGUCUUAACAAUCCCUAUCAUCAACAACAACGAAACAACAACAAUAAUGGUCAACACUAUGAUACUAAUGGUAGUAGCGCCACCAUGAUGACGACUACGAAUCAAGUCACUCAACCUCCAAACAAUAGUAGUAGCAACAACAAUAGCAACGAUGGUGAUUGGUGGUUGAAUUAG